UCAGACAGAGAGAAAGACAGACCUGGGGAGGUGGAAAACAGAGUCGAUAGAAGUUCAAGAGAGAGUGAUUAAAGUGAGGUUUUUACUAAAACAAAAGCAGCAAAAAGAUGCUGUCAGAGUGUUUCAUCUUUGGUGUGAUUACCUUUCUUAUAGCAGGGGCACAAUGUCAAGACACGGAGGUGUUCGCUGAGGCAGGCUCUCAGGCUGUGCUGCCGUGUAAAUACAGCUCUAAAUCCACAGUAGCCCCUGCCAUCUUGUGGAACAAUGGCAACAAAGGCACUGUUUGGAGAAAGGAUAAGAACGGUCUGCAGUACUGGGGCUCUAGCUGGACCCACCGAGCAAGAUGCCCCCACUCCCAGUUUGAACGAGGCGACUUCAGCCUGCAGCUUAAUGACGUGACAGAGCAGGAUGGAGGAAUUUACCUUUGCAGGGUGGUAGGCGAUCGCGGGGUCACUGAGAGCAGGAUCGUGCUCAUCAUCAUUAAAGUGUCUGUCUCUCCAGUGGUGCCCAUGUCGGGGAGCGACGUUUCAAUCAGCUGUAAAGUGACCCCAGAAUCUCACAGAGGCACUGUGCGGUGGAUGCUGAACAACAGACCAUUUGGGACCGCCAAAAGUGUUGUGAAUGAAAAGGCAUCCGCGAGAGUGACAGGAAACUGGACCUGUGUGGUGGGCUACAAGGGCAAAGAGGGGCGAGCUUCGGCAACCCUGACUGUAAAGGGAAUCAUCCAUCCAUCCAAAGACUAUGCUAAGCUCUACACUGCCGUGGGAUCUGCCAUCACUCUCCCCUGUGUGUUCUCCCCUGGGUUAUUCCCAGUUAAGCCGGCCUUGGAGAAACUCAAACCUGGGUCUCUUUUUUUACACACUCCUGAUCGCCUCCCUGCUUCUUUCAUUGCAUCCUCGCCGUCCUCUCAGCCCACCUCGGAUCACUCUGCCACUUUGAACGAAGUUGAGUUUGAGGACCAGGGCACGUACAGAUGCUCUGGGGUCGUAAAGGGACAAUGGCUGACUCGAAACAUGCAGCUUGUUGUUGCUAAAAUUGACAGCAGCACCCCGUCAAAGAAAAGAGACUCCGUGACAUUGACCUGCCAGCUGACCGACACAAGCGAAGUCGUCGACUACGAAUGGGUUCAUGUGGUCCAUGACAUCAACGGCACCCAGUCAGUGGAGUCCAUCCAGAAGGGGAAGACUCUAAGCUUAGGCAAAGUGUCGGAGGAGAACCAGGGCGAAUGGACAUGUCGUUUCUACGGGCAGCAGGGCAUGUUGGGAAAUGUAACACACCAUGUUCCUAUGAUGGGUGGUCUGAGUGGAAAAAAAUCAUCAAGCGUCUCAAAUAACACCACCGCCGUGGUCGGGCUCAGCAUUCUCCUCCUCGUUCUGCUGCUGGUUUUGGUGAAGAUGUACCUGAACCACCAACGGAGGAAAAGGAUCUUGCAGUACCCUGCGCUGGAGACGAUUGUUCAUACCACCUCCAACGAGCGGGAGGAGAGAGAACGGAACCGAGAGAAAAAGUGAAGACACGGUGAAGCAGAGGCAUCGCAGGACAGAUCUCACAGCCCUAAGCUGAAGUGAGACCCAUCGUUUUCAUGCCCGCAACACCUUCGGAGGCUUUGGUUUGCACAAGUUUUGUAAAUAUUUUCAGAGCAGACGUUGUAGCAGCACUGUUGUUGAAUUUGAAAUGUGUUAUGAUGCAAUCUGAGUUGUAACCGUUGUUUUACUCUACGUGAGGAUCUGUUUUUAUGUAUAACUACUGAGAAUAAAAUGUUUUGAAAUAAAGCAAGCU